AUGGCUACAUACUAUAUGUACUUCCCAUUCUUAACCUGUGAGGUGAAGUGCGAGACUACAGCACUAGAUGUGGCAGAUCGCCAGAACGCCCACAGUAUGACCUUUGCAGUACGGGGUGUCACUGAGCUCUUUCGUGCUCUAAAGCGAGAAAGCGAGGUCCAUCGGCAGAUUUUAGCCUACUCUUUCUCACACGAUCACCAGUCUGUACGAAUUUACGGCCACUAUCCAGUGAUUGACGGUGACGAUACCAAGUACUCUCGUCAUCCAAUCCGUGUGUUUGACUUUACAGAUUUAGAUGGUAGGGAAAAGUGGGCGUCAUACCAGUUCGCAAAGAACGUAUAUGACUUGUGGAUGCCGUCACAUUUCAAGAAGAUAUGUUCUGCUAUUGACCAGCUGCCCGAUGAGCUGGACUUGGAUGGCCCACCGUUUCUAGCCACCGGGCUGUCAAAGAGCCUGAAAAUACUAAUAUAUCCUGUAUUUCUAUAA